AAAUCGCUUACGUUUCGCAUCCGAGCUCCGACGCGCCAUGCGCCGGGACGCAGUUGUGGACAUAGGCUUCGGCUCGGCGCGCCUGGGCUUCGGCGGGGAGGAGCUGCCGCAGGUGCUGGACGCCGGGCUGCCGGGACUCCUGCGUUACGAUCAUGACGCCGUGAACUUUGACCCUUUGGACAUUGAGGCGGUCUUCCGAGAGCUUGAGCAGCUGGGCGGCUUUAGGCGCCCGGUGCUCCUCUCGGCGCCGGCGGAGGGCGGCGCUCUGCGGCGGCACUUGGCGCGGCACAGCUUCGAGACCGCCGAGGCGCCGGAGGUGGCGCUGGUGGCUGCGCCGGUGCUGGCGGCAUUGGGCUGCGGCAAGCUGAACUGUACUGUGGUGGACGUGGGCGCAGGCGUCACCUCAGUGGCGCCCAUCCUGCAGGGACAGCUGCACGACGGCUUGCAACAGCGACCUUUUGCGGGCCACGCCCUGGAUUUGAUGGUCCUAGAGGCUCUGAAGAAGCAGGGUGUCACUCUGCCAGAUGAGCCGCCGGACUGGAGGAAGCGGGGCACGGGCUUUGGCGCUUUACGCCUGGCCCAGGACGUGAAAGAGACGAUCUGCUUCUGCGCCCACGCCCCCUUGGCGACUUUGGAGCCGGCCAAAGCGUACCGCCACAUCUUGCCGGACGGACAGGAGGUCGAGGUGACCUCCUUCUCCCGCGCCAUACCAGAGGUGCUGCUGACGGGCUCCGAAACCCAAAGCUGGCCCGGCCUUCCGCGGAUGGCAUCUGAGGCCAUCCUUUCGAGCGGGGCCGCUGCUUGCCGCGAGGUGCUACUGGUGGGGGGCUCGUCGAGAUUUGUGAACCUCUCUCAGCGGCUUCAACGAGCAUUGGCGGAGUCCUUGGGGCGCAAGGUCAAAGUCACCAGCGCGGAGACUCGCUACGCAUCUUGGCUGGGCGGCUCCAUUGCCUGCCAGCUGCCGCAUCCAAUGGUGAGGCGUUACUCCAAAGCUGAGUACCAAGAGCUGGGCGAGGAUCUCUUCUCGCGCUGACUCUUCGGGGCCGAGCAACCGAAGCGAGCGAUGGGUUC